AUGCACAUAUCAAAGAUACAGAGGCAGUGGGAGCGGUCCAUCAAUCAAGCAAUGAAGGAGAAGCGGGAUGCAAACGGGCUUGCGAUACUUGCUGGAGUCAGUGGAGUGUAUGUGCUAGACAUUGAUGUGGCUGCAAAAGGGGGGAAGCGACCAGGGACAGAGCUCUGGCAGCAACUUGUUGAGAUCCACGGAGAGCCGGAGACACUGAACGCAAGGACCGGCUCUGGUGGGUUGCACUUGUACUUCAAGCUCGACUCUCCAGGUCUCAAGUGGAGACGAAAUUUUCAAGGUCUCAAGGUCGACGACAAGACUUUUGGCGUUGAUGGAAGAGGAAUCGGUGGUGUUGUGUUCGCUUCACCAACGAGCUACUUGAAUGCUCAUGGCAAGCUUGCAACAUACUAUGAGUGGAUAAAUGGACCUCCCAGCUAUGAAGCGUGCCAAGUUAUGCCCAUUUGGCUCGCAGAAUUGGUCAACAAUCAUGCAGGUCAUAGUACCGGUGCGGCAACAAUUGAUGAGGAGGAGGGUGGCGAGGUUUCGGGAGCAAGAAUUGAUGCAACCAUGCCAGGACGUGUGGAAAGUCCAAGCUUCAAGCAAGAUCGCUCGAGCCCAAGUUUGGAACCGCCACACGGCAGGGAGCUCUUGAUGGCAGAACUCUCAAAAUUGCUGUCAGAGAAGGCCGGCGAUUCAACAAGCACGUACGCAGGGUCGUUACCACACGGCCUGUACGGGACAUACUAUUGCUACCGGACGCAUGGGCCUCGACGGUGCUUCUUUGGCCAUAUGCACUCGGGGAGCAACAACUUCAAUCUGCUCAAGAGGGAACUGCAUGUAUACUACCGCUGCCAUGGAGACGAGUGCUCGCACAAGCCCGUCAAAAAGUUGGGGGUCUUGGAGAACUUGAAGGCCGCCUUGCAAGAUGCUACCGCAGAUCCCGUGGAUCCUCACGACGACAUGCGAGUUGUCACUCAGUACACAAGGGGGACGCGAGAUGUGCAGGAUUUGCUGCUCAAGAUUGUGAUUGAGCACGCCGCUCCUCAAGCGUACGCCUAUCUCGGGCGCCUCUUUGCAUAUAUGUAUUUGAUCGAAGGGCGAAUUCUGGUGACCACGAACGAAGCAGAAAGGAGUCGAGAUCAGCUCUUUUUUGUCUGGGACGGGACAUCGUGGGUACAGGACACCUCGAACCUGGUUUCGAGCGUCUUUACAUGUCAGAUGGGUUGUCUCUUGGCAUGGUUUGACAGGCAGAGAGAGAGGUGUUUGGGCACUUUGUACGCCAGCCGUUCCGAGUUAGAGGGGUUUGUGGUUGACGGUGUCCCUAAGCCUCUCGAUCCCAAUCUAGUCAAUCCCAAGCAGAUGAGGAAGAUCAGGAUGGCCAUGGAGACGCCGGACUUUCCAAGCGAUGACACCGCUCUCAUUCGACGGCUUGUGUUGCUCAUGUUCAACUACACGUUCAAGAAUCCCCACGAGCUCGAUGCAACGAACAAGAUGCACAGGCCCAUCGAUGUAACCCUGAAGCCAUAUUUCGAAUCGGAUGAAGGAGCAGCGGACACUCUAGACUUUUGCGUUCAGGGGGCGAUCAUGUACUACGCAAAGAGGGCACUAGCUCCCGCCUCAAAGGUUCUCUCGCCAGUCCCCGAGGAGUUCUCCGCGGCUGUAAGGGAGUACGCUUCAGAGAACGACAAGCUUCAAUUUUUCAUAGACGAGGCUUGCACUACUAAGGAAACGGCCGAGGGAGAGGCGGCAAGCGUCACCAGGAUCGAGUUUGUCGAGGCCUUCACAAACUUUCUGUACUCAAGUGGGCAUGAUGUGGCAUUGGCGGGGGACGGUUUGACAAGAGCGAUGCGAUUGAAAGGAUUCCCACAAGAGCGGGGAAAAGCCAUCUUGAUUCGAACGAUCGACGGUAAGAAGCGGCUUAGAGGUUUCUUUGGGAUUCGUUUGAAGACCAAGGAGGAGCUAGGGCGGACGGAUGCGCAAGGGAACCUCCCAUAG